AGAAGCUGUACAACUCUCAGGGUCCAGAGCUCAGGCGGUCCCUCUUCUCUCUCAAACAGCUCUUCCAGGAUGAUAAAGACCUGGUUCCAGAGUUCGUGGCCUCUGAAGGUUUGACCUGUUUCAUUAAAGUUGGAGCGGAGGCCGACCACAACUACCAGAACUACAUCCUGAGAGCUCUCAGUCAGAUCAUGCUGUUUGUGGACGGGAUGAACGGAGUGAUAAACCACAAUGAGACGGUGCAGUGGCUCUACACGCUGACAGGAAGUCUGUCCCGUCUGCUGGUGAAGACGUCUCUGAAGCUGCUCAUCGUCUUCGUGGAAUAUUCAGAGUCCAACAGUCCUCUGCUCAUCAGCGCCGUCAACACAGUGGACGGAAGGAGAGGUGAGAAGCCGUGGAGUUACGUGAUGGAGGUCCUGCAUGAGAGAAACGGCUCCGACACAGAGCUCCUGAUGUUCACCAUGACGCUCAUCAACAAGACUUUAGCGGUGCUCCCGGACCAGGACUCGUUCUACGAUGUGACAGACAGUCUGGAGCAGUUGGGGAUGGAGACGGUCAUCCACAAACACAUGAAGAACAAGGGGACGGAGGCAGACCUGCGAGCGCAGUUCACCAUCUACGAGGCAGCUCUGAGGUAUGAGGACGGCGAGAUGGACGACUCGUCCCCUCACAUCCGCAAAGAGAGAAGAAAGCUGGCCACCGGAGAGCAGGAGGGACGAAAGGGCCGCCGCUCGUCCAGCCAAAACCUCCCCGACCUCCUGUCCUCCUCUGCAGGCUCCUCCCCCACUACUCCUACCGUCCCCUCCCUCAUCACUCCUGCCGUCCUCUCCCCCACCCCUCCUGCCGUCCUCUCCCCCACCCCUCCUGCCGUUCUCUCCCCCUCCACCGCCAACAUCCCCCUCUCCCCCGCCCUCUCCUCUGCCUCCUCCCCCAGCCCCACGGCGAUGUUAGGUAGCAGGUCCUCGUCCCCGCUGACCUCUGACCCCGGCAGUCCUGCUUCCAGUCCAUCUGGAUCCCAGAGAGGGUCUCCCCUGCCCCCCCUCACAGCCCCCAACGGUACCAUGACCACGGAGCAGGAACCAAAGAAACCAUCCAGCGCGAGUCGCUCUUUCCUCAGCCACCACAUGUCAGCUCUAGGUCUGAGCAGGAGGUCCAGGCUCUUCUCCAAAGCCAGCUCCAUCUCCGAGGAGCCUUCAGCCACCCGCAGCUCGUCCUCAGACCUCUCUCACCAAGAGAACUCGUCCCAGUUGAACCCGGAGCAGCCUGACAACAAGACGGAGACUAAAACCAGUUUCAAUUCCUACCCCAGCUCUGGGUCUGGGGAGGCGGACCUUUCCUUUUGCCCAGAUGACUGUAACAAGCCGGUUCUGAGGAUGUAUAAAGACGCCUUCCUGCGCACCCUGGCAGCCACACAGUGGGAUAAGAAGAGGAGAAGUAAACAGCUGGACCAGUAUGAUGUCGUAACCCCGAGCCUGCAGCCUGCAGAGGAGGGCAGCGGUGCCCCAGCUGAGGAGCUGCCGCCUCAGGCCUCGACGUCCGCUACUUUGGACACAAACAAACACACUGACUCCCAGAAUGACCCAGCAGGGUCGGUGCAGCGGCAGUGCAGCACUCUGUCCAACGACAAGAAGUUUCUGCUGGACAUGCUGUUCUCCAAGACGUCCAGCGCAGCGCCUCUGAGCCCGACCGCUGCAGCCUCGGACACCACCGAGGAAGAAGGGAGCCUCCUGCCCGGUGGAGAUCUGGGCGGUCGGGGGCGUGUGGUGGACCGUCUGUCCGACUUCCGAGCGCGCUCCAUCGAGCCGUCCGGCCCCAGCGAGCGCAGCACCUCCCGCAGGGCGGAGCUGGAGGGGCUGGAAGGCUCCGCCCAGGCAGCUCGGGCCCGACUGGCUGAAGAGCAACAGACCCGUUACCUCCGGCAGCAGAGCAGCGUAGACGUGGAGGGCCCCGUCCGCCGCCUGGAGAUGACCCCGCUGGGCCCCGGGGGCCCCUCUGACGCCUGGGAGCAGCUGCAGCUGAGCGCCGCCGCCUUGCGCAUCAAAGACCUGGACUUCUCAGACCUGCUGGACGAGGAGGACAUCGACGUCUUGGACAUGGACACAUUCGUCGACUCCUCCUCCUCCUCCUGCUCCUCCGGCAUCCCUCCCCCUCCUCCUCCUCCCCCGGGCCUAGCUGGUCCUCCUCCUCCUCCUCCUCCCCCUCCUCCUCCACCAGGGGGUCCAGCCUGUCCCCCACCUCCUCCCCCUCCUCCUCCUCCAGGUGCUCCUCCUCCUCCUCCCUCGUCCUCAUCGUCCUCCUCUCAGAAGAAGAAGAAGAUGGUGAAGUUGUUCUGGAAGGAGCUGAAGCAGGCGGACGGACCUCAGAAGUGCCGGUUCGGUCGGGGGACGGUGUGGGCGUCUCUGGACAAGGUGGCGGUUGACACGUCCCGACUCGAACACCUGUUUGAGUCUAGAGCCAAGGAGCUCGCUGUCUCCAAGAAAGGACCUGAGACAAAGAAGUCUGAGAUUCUGGUUCUGGACUCUAAGAGGAGUAACGCCAUCAACAUCGGGAUGACCGUCCUGCCGGCUGUGCACGUCAUCAAGACCGCCAUCCUCAACUUCGAUGAGUUCGCCAUCAGCAAGGAGGGGAUAGAGAAGAUCCUGACCAUGACCCCCACAGAGGAGGAGAAGCAGAAGAUCCAGGAGGCCCAGCUGGCCAAUCCUGACGUUCCUCUGGGCACGGCGGAGCAGUUCCUGUUCAGCCUGGCCUCCAUCAGCGCCCUGACCCCCCGUCUGCAGCUCUGGGCCUUCAAACUGAACUACGAGGCUCUGGAGAAGGAGAUCGCAGAGCCGCUGUUUGACCUGAAGCUGGGCAUGGAGCAGCUGGCCUCCAAUCAGACCUUCAGGAGGAUCCUGGCCACGCUGCUCGCCAUCGGGAACUUCCUCAACAGCUCCAACGCUAAAGGCUUUGAGCUGGGUUACCUGGAGAAGGUGGUGGAGGUGAAGGACACGGUUCACCGUCAGUCUCUGCUGCAUCACACCUGCAGCCAGGUGGUGGAAAAUUACCCAGAAUCCUCUGAUGUCUACUCCGAGGUCCCCGCCAUCACCCGCUCCGCCAAAGUGGACUUUGAGCUGCUGGCGGAGAACCUGGUCCAGCUGGAGAGACGCUGCAAAGCAUCAUGGGACAACCUGAAGGUGGUGGCCAAACACGAAACCAAAGCGGUGCUGAAGAACAAGAUGACGGACUUCCUGAAGGACUGCACGCAGAGAAUCAUCAUCCUGAAGGUCGUGCACCGGAGGGUCAUCAACAGGUUCCACUCCUUCCUGCUGUUCCUGGGUCAGCCCUCCUCCUCAGUUCGGGACAUCAAAGUCACCAGUUUCUGUCGGAUCAUCAGCGAGUUCGCUCUGGAGUACCGCACCACCAGAGAGCGAGUCCUGACCAUCAAACGAAAGCGAGCCACUCACAGAGAGAGGACCAAGACCAGAGGCAAGAUGAUCACAGAGACGGAGAAGUUUUCAGGGGCGGUGGAUCAUCAGGACAGCAUCUCCCCCGUCUCCAUGGCGGCGGAGGCGGAGCCGGGUCACGGGGAGCAUGAGAACAUGAAGAACCUGCUGAUCAGCAGCGACAGCCUGAGCGCCGACCCCAGGAGCCUGAGGCGCUCCAGAGCCGUCCGCAGUUUCGGGAGGGUGAGUCCGUCUCCGAUGUCUGUGGCCAGAGAAGACGGGGUCAGCUCCCAGGACGACGCCACAGAUGAGAUCAUGGACCGACUGGUCAAGUCUGUUACCCGGAAUCCAUCAGAGAAACCGUCCAGCCCCAAGACCCGAAAACGGUCCCGACUGAACAGGAAGUCACUGAGGAGGACUCUGAAGAGCGGCCUCACUGUGGACGUGGUUCAGGCUCUGGGACUCAACAGCAAAACAGGAGACAACGUCUGAUCCAUUUGUCAGUGAACACUAUUGAUUAAAGAGACUGAACCCAGAGCAGCUGAGAGACACCACUGGACGUCACGAGGAGCAGGCGAUUGGUCUCCUGCAGGAGGAGAAUCAUCGACCUGCUCGAGGACCUUUCUCUCAACUGCUCGGUUACAAACAGGAAGAAACGUUGGCACAUUAGACCGGACUCUAGUUUGUGGUUUGUGGUUUUGGUUCUUGAACAUCCAUGAAUGUUUAUAAAUUUGAUGCAAAAAAUCAGAAUGCAGAAAGCGGAGUGACAACACAUCAGGAUAGUUGAAUAAUAAUGAGUUAAUAUUAACGUGUUGACAAAGAGCAGAUGUUUCAUAUGAACAGUUGAGCAGAACGUGAGCCAAGAUAACGUGCUUUCAAACUGCCUCCGUGUUUUUAUAACCUUUCCCCUUCACACUGAUGGUUGCAGCGGCGACCUCUUUACACUGCAACUCAGCUAAAGAGACGUCUUCACCUCUAAGACGUUCUCACCACAAGGUCCGUUUAGUCGUCUGGAGCUUUUGAUUGGAUGGCAAAGUGUAACUGAGAACUUUAAUCUGGUCUUUGUUGACCUCUGUGCAACACCUCUGACCACGCCCGUCACAGUGAGAGCCGUCACUUGCUCGGUUUCUAUUUAUUCGCAGUGUGAAAGUCGAGGUGUUUUCUUCCUUUUUAUAUCUUUGUGCUUGUGUUUUCCUCACCUGCAGAGCACCUGUGGAUCUUUCCUUUACACAUUUACCACUUUACAAAUUCACGCAUUGUUAGAAAUCUGAACACACAACACUGAAGAAAUAAAGUUAACUAACAUGGGAGCAGUUUGAAAUGCACAUUUAACCCGAGCAUCAAGCAUUUGCCAUCCUGGAAAACAAAAUAAAGUAGUAGAUAAAGUCUUUACAGUUUGUUCUUACAGUAAUAAUUUUUGAAUGUUAAAGCAGGAGAUUUAAAAUGUGAAAAUCCAUCACAUCCUGUAAAAAUGAAUCAAACUAAUUUGGCACGUUUUUAGAGCUGGAGUGCAAGAGCUCUACAUUUAAAUAAUUAACGCUUUCCUCGCCACGUAAACCUCUGUACUCGCGGCAUACCGGCUUUUUGAAAUCUGGUGUCUGUGGCGACGUCACCGCUGCUGAACAGCUUAAAAAUGUGUUUUCUAAACAAACCUGCUCUAUUAUCACUCCAGCCUGCACAGAAAGCUCCUUGAAAGUCCUUGAAAAGUUAAGCGUGAAUGUUUCUUAUCACCAGGCUUCAACUAAACAAAAUCACACGUCACAAAAACCUGUCACUCUGGUGUUUUCUUAUCUCGUUGAUUCACAGGAUGGAGAGUUAUCGCUUCUGUACAGCUGUGUUAUUUUUGCACUUUGUGGUGUUUUUGGGGUCAGUCGUGUUCAUUCUGUUGUCGUGUUCAUUCAGGCACAGACCGUCUGAGACUCAUGAACAUUUUAUAGAAAGACUUUAUGGAAGAUUGAAUGUGUUCCAGGUAUGAUUAAUAAUGAUUUUUAAUAAAGAACGAAAGGAUUUAAAAAUGA